GGAUCUGUGUACACCGGGGCGCACUCAUUGGGUCAAUAUUUCUUUUAGCUCGUUUUUUAGACACUAACCAGAUAAACUAGAAAUAGGACCUGCGUUCAUGUGAUUUCAGUCUCUGGUAAUCCACAAAUUUGAGGCUCAGCAGUUACCUAUCUUACGCAAGGCAACGCUCAUUUGAGUGAACCCUGUCCACCGGAGAGCUCCGAGUUGGCUGGAAGCUUCCACAAGCCGGAAGAGCACAACCAGCGAGGAGGGGAUGGAGAUAGACUGCCAGCCCGAGGAAUCCAUCGUCUCUUCAUUUGAUGAGGACUGCGUUGUUCUUGGUGACGUCAAGGACAUGAUGUUGGAGGCAGAAGCAGUGGUCAAUGACGUACUUUUUGCUGUUGCUGAAAUGCAUGUUUCCCAAAGUCUCAACAGUGUGUCCGAUGUCGCCUACAUAAACGUUGAAACAAGAGAGGGAAACCGGUAUUGUCUGGAGCUCACAGAGGCAGGGCUAAGGGUGGUGGGCUAUGCUUUCGAUCAAGUGGACGAGGAUUUGAACACCCAGUAUCAUGAGACUGUUUACUCUCUUCUGGACAAGCUAAGUCCAGGUUACAGAGAAGCCUUUGGGAAUGCUUUGCUCCAACGUCUGGAGAGGCUGAAGCAAAACUGACACGAGUGACCAAGAUGCUGCAUAAAUUGACAAGCGGAAUAGAGGUUGAUGGUGUAUUUGGCUAUAUAUAUUUGGCUGCUUAGGCACCACUGCAAUAAGGGGUAUCCUGCCCUAUCAAAUGCUUUAUCAUUGAAUUACUUCAUGUUAGUUACUUAACUUUAGUGACUGCUAGGGAUUGGCUGGAUGGGGCUGUUGCAACAUUGUGUUGACUUUAUUGUGGAAAGAUCUUUCAGCUUCCAUGCGAUACAAAUUUGGAACUGCGUACAUUGAAAAUUCUGCACUUUUUUGUACUCAAAAACAAUCAAGAGGCAAGUUAGAGAUCUUGAUAAAGUUCCCUCCCCGCCCUGCUUGCACUACAGCUGAUGAACAGUAUCUACUCAAAUACACCCAAUUAGUUUUUAUUCAGCAAGUGUCUGAAAGAACCAAAGCUGUAUUCUUUCAACUCAUACUGCCUUAAUGACUUAACUUUUGGUUACAAAAGUACAAAUGAACUCAUUUUGCAUUGAUGUGAGAAAAGGUAUUUUGUGGGGCUGACAUUUCACAUGGAACUUGUUUGAAAAGGUUAACUAGCUAGCACUGUAUACAA